UUCGGUUAUUCUUUGAUCGACCAUCGAGGUGUCUGUUGACUGCCUUAAAACCGCAUCGGUUCCUCUUGUCACAAUGAACUUGCUGCUAGAAGCGACCGUGGUCUCGUCUUUAUUCCUCGUGACCCAGGCAGAAGCAGAAUCUGAUUGGAUAUGCAUCGCUCCGGAUUUCUCGAGCGGACCUAUACCGCCCGUCCUGCCGGAUUCUUACCACAUGGUGUUUGAAGUGAAUGAUCUCGUCGGAAAGAAGCGACAUACAGAUGAAGUUUGGUACGACUGGCCGAAUCAGAGAGCCCGGAUCCGAGAAGUCGAUGAUUCUGGCGUAGCGAGAGAGAUCGUGAGUUUCUACAACUCCAACACCGGCUUCCGCUACUCGGAGGGCGGAAAACAAUCCGUUGACGGGGACGUCAACCGAUUGAACAGUUGUGCAGUUUUCAAAUUGAGCGAACACAAGAACACUCCGCUCUUUGAAAAAGGUGGUCGACCACUGAACAUGGUUGAUGUGUACCAGUCUCUACUUUUCGGCGGGAAAUAUCAAUUUGCAUUCAUGGACAGUGUCGCGGACGCAACGAGCAGAUUCAUCAAGAGCAAUAGGUUCACGUCUUGCAUAACGGACAGGGUCACGGGUCGACGACUCAAUGUGACUUAUCACUGGACACUGGAUGGAAAGAGUCCCAUCAGGUUCGAAAUCGACGGCGGAGCUCUCGAUGGCGAUAACAAUACAGAAUACAGAAUUCGUCAAGUGGCUUCAGUCUUGCGGUUUGAUCGGGAUCCCGAAAUGGACAACGAUCUCUUCGUGGUCCCACGAGACCUCAAAUGUUCAGAUGAUCCUCGUAUCAUACCCGUCGACGAGUUCCCGCAGCUCUCGCAAGAUUUCGCUUGGCGGGAGGAGACUCUGUUUUCCGCUCGAGACCAAGAUGGCCGCGUGCUUGCAAAUGAGACCUCAAUCGAGAACCGUCAGAUUUAUUCAUCAAGAAUUUUCGGCCUCGUCCGCAUGGACUGGAUCCCGACGCUCCGGGACGGCAAGAUGUUUCAAGAUUACAUUGGCAAACCGAUCACGGUCAUUGCCGAUGUUUUUUUCAAAGCCAUUUUCAUCAUUGAAAAAAACACGGGCUCUUGCUCAGUGCUGCCCAUGGCCGGAGAAUUCGCGCUCAUUAAACAGACUGGAACCGCUUCUUUCGACAUCCGAGAGCCUCUGGAUCUGCUUGGCAUGACGACCGAGCACGUGGAGAAGGGAGAGUACGUCGAGAGAGGAUCCCGCGUCACCGUAUUCAGUGACAUCGACGAAGCACCGGAUGGAACGAUCGAGGUUCACGAAGCCACCUUCAGGUACGAUGAAGAACUCUCUCAACUCUCGAAUGGGGCUUUCAUUUUCGUCCCGACGUCGCAGCUCAAUCGGAAAUUUUUCGCAGCCAUCGACGAAAGAACGAAGGCGUUCGAGAGCACUGAGAAGACUUCAUACUUCGACUUCAGAGCGGACUACGCGCAUCUCGACGUCUUCGAGGCGGCUAUGUGCGUGGCCAACCGCAAGAGACGUUUCUUCCGUAUAAGCUUUAGGACCGACUUCAAAGAAGUCAUUUACGGCAAUGGAUAUGAGUUCCUCAAUCGACUCCGAGACAUGAUCGCGAGGACUGGAAAUCUGGGUACAGUUAUGCGGGUUCAGAAACUCAAAAUGCUCGAAGACUUCGAGAAGAAUAGGAUUCACGUGAGCAUGACGCUACUGGAACCCUUCCCGGAGCUCGUGAACGCAAUUCAGACAACAGUGGACAGCGCCAGAGACGAAAUCGUCAGAGCUCUGAAUGACAGGCAGCUGGCGGUGCCCAUAGAGUGGCAGGGAGGAACGAAUACCAUCGUGCCCGAGGCGGGCUCCUUCGUCGAAUUGGAGCUCUCACUCAAGGAACGAACUACUCCUCCGAAAAUGCUGGAAACCAGCAUGUACUCAGCCGAGUUGACGAUCCCUGGAAAAUCUUUCCUGGCAGUAUCAGAAAGCAUUUAUUGGAAGAGCAUCAUGCUCGAAGUGAAUCGCGGCUGCCGGGAGGAGCAUCAUGCCUCGGGGGCUUGCAACUUAGGUAGCAAUGACGAAAAACUCGUUACGGGUUAA